AUGUCCAAAUGGGAUUUAAAGACUGUCCUCUCCCUGCCCCAGUACCCAGGGGAGUUCCUGCACCCCGUGGUGUAUGCCUGCACUGCGGUCAUGCUACUGUGCCUCCUCGCCUCCAUCAUCACCUACAUCGUGCACCAGAGCACCAUCCGCAUCAGCCGGAAAGGCAGGCACGCGCUGCUGAACUUCUGCUUCCACACUGCCGUGACCUUUGCCGUGUUUGCGGGCGGCAUCAACCGCACCAAAUACCCCAUCCUGUGCCAGGCGGUGGGCAUUGCGCUGCACUAUUCCACACUAUCCACCAUGCUGUGGAUCGGAGUCACCGCCAGGAACAUCUACAAGCAAGUGACCAAGAAGGCCCCUCUGUGCCCUGGUACAGACCAGCCACCGUACCCCAAGCAGCCCCUGCUCAGGUUCUACCUCAUCAGCGGAGGGGUUCCCUUCAUCAUCUGCGGGGUCACUGCCGCCACAAACAUCAGCAAUUAUGGGAGGGAGGACGAGGAUGCUGCGUACUGCUGGAUGGCCUGGGAGCCCAGCUUGGGGGCGUUCUACGGGCCGGCGGCCUUCAUCACGCUGGUCACCUGCGUGUACUUCCUCGGCACCUACAUCCAGCUGCGGCGCUACCCUGAGCGCCGGUAUGAACUGCGAGAACGCACGGAGGAGCAGCAGCGGCUGGCCCUGCCCGAGGGGGGCCACUGCCACGGGGCCCGGCCCGGCACCCCCCCUGCCUGCGAGGCCCUGGCCGCCUCGCAGCUGCAGAACGAGCACUCCUUCAAGGCCCAGCUGAGGGCCACGGCCUGCACGCUGUUCCUGUUCACGGCCACGUGGACCUUUGGGGCCUUGGCCGUGUCCCAAGGCCACCUUCUGGACAUGGUCUUCAGCUGUCUGUAUGGAGCCUUCUGCGUGACGCUGGGGCUCUUUGUGCUCAUCCACCACUGUGCCAAGCGGGAGGACGUGUGGCAGUGCUGGUGGUCCUGCUGCCCCUCCCAGGGGGACACUGCCACCUCCAAGCCCGGCGCCCAUCCCGCACUCAGCGCCAAUGGGGAUGCGCUGGGGCACUCCACCUGUCUGCAGGACUCGCCCUGCGCCACCAGGGGGUUCGGCCACCCGCCUGUCGGCCACUGUAAGAUGACCAACCUGCAGGCUGCUCAGGGCCAUGUCAGCUGCCUGUCGCCAGCCACCCCCUGCUGUGCCAAGAUGCACUGUGAGCAGCUGAUGGAGGAGGAGGCCCACGUGCACAUGGCUGAGGACGACGGCUUCCCGCACGACCCUCACCUACACAGAUGUCUCGAGAGCAGAACUAACCUUCACUACUUCAGCCCGCACCAGGCUGCAGCUCACCAGGGCUACGCCUACCACAUCCCCUCCAGCCUGGACGGCAGUGCCCACAGCUCACACACAGACAGCCCCCCCAGCUCGCUCGAGGGCCCCAUGGGGAUGCACGCCCUGGCCUGCUGUGCCCAGGCCAGCCCGUUCCCCAUGGCAGGCCAGCCUGAGGACAGUGAUGCCAGCCCCGGGCUCUACGGCUGCCCCCCGCGGCUGCCUCCGGGCCCAGCCCACUUGGAGAUGCUCCGCAGGACGCCGUCCCUGCCCUUCAGCGGCCCGGGCCCGGAUGGGCUUCUCCAGGGCGGUGUCCCGGAAGGCCUGCCGUUUGGCACCGAUUGCACUGGAAACAUCCGAACAGGACCCUGGAAAAAUGAGACUACAGUAUAG